CCCUGGGCUUCUUACCUGACAGAACCUUCAGCUUCCAUGGUCGAUCCUCUGAAGCAGAACACCGGAAGAACACCGAGCCCUCUCGAGCAGCAGGAAGAAGGAAUUCUGAUUCCGAUUCCUCCGGAAUGGGAUUUAGAUUCCACAACCUCAAUCCUAUCUACAAGUCCUUCGUCUCCAGAAUCCAUUCUCACUCCCUCAGGAACGCCGGAGGCAAGAAGAAUGUCCUGAUCCCGCCCCUCGUCAGCGUCCAUCUGCGCGACCCAUCUUCCCUUUUUCACGGAAAGCCUGAUUUCUACGCAGUUCCGAGGCGGUGGCACUUGGGCCACUCCCAUUCCCACUCCCACUCCCACGAUCACCACGAGCACCUUCAACUUUCGGGCAAGGAGGGCGAGAACAUUUUCCGGCUGGGGCUCGCCGCGGACAUUGGCCUAUCCGCGGGAAAAGCCUUUGUCGGGUACUUGUCCGGCAGCACUGCUAUUAUCGCUGAUGCUGCCCAUUCGGUCUCAGAUGUGGUGCUUAGUGGCAUUGCUCUGUGGUCAUUCAAAGCUGCAAAAGUUCCUAAAGACAAGGAGCAUCCUUAUGGUGACUGGCACGGUAAGUUCGAGACGUUGGGAGCACUGGGAAUAUCUUGUAUGCUCUUGGCUACAGCUGGUGGUAUUGCAUGGCACGCUCUCGACCUUUUAAUGGGACUGCUGUCUUCAUCACAUGAAGUUGUAAAUCAUUCUUUGAUGCAUGACCACAUGCAUGGUCACAGUCAUGGAGGUCAUCACCAUGGAGUUGACAUGAGUCAUCCGAUUUUGGCCUUGAGUGUGACUAUUAUCUCCAUAUCUACCAAAGAAGGGCUUUAUUGGAUAACAAAACGAGCUGGGGAAAGACGAGGCAGUGCACUGAUGAAAGCAAAUGCAUGGCAUCAUCGUGCAGAUGCUGUUUCAUCACUAGUUGCUCUAAUUGGGGUAGGGGGCUCUAUACUUGGAGUGAAAAUUCUCGAUCCACUUGCUGGGCUUGUUGUGUCAGGCAUGAUCUUCAAAGCCGGUCUUGAAUCAGGUUACCAGAGCGUCUUGGAGCUGGUGGAUGCUGCAAUCCCAGCAGAACAUCUGGAUCCAAUAAAGGCAACAAUACUUAAAGUUGAGGGGGUCAAGGGAUGCCAUCGCCUGAGGGGGAGAAGGGCAGGUUCUUCUCUCUAUCUCGAUGUACACAUUGAGGUUGACCCAUUCUUGAGUGUUAGUGCAGCACAUGGAGUAGGCGAAAAUGUUCGCCACCAAAUCCACAAGUGCCAUCCUGAAGUGACCGAAGUUUUCAUACACAUCGAUCCUUCGACUUCACAAUUCUUUUCAAGCACGGAGGACAAGCAAGUAAUUUUAGAGGGCAGUGCUGACCACAAUAAAAAUACUUACCUGAAUGAUAAGGAGAUAGAAGCUCUGAUUCAAAGCUCGCUGGCAUCGAAGUUCUCACAGGAAAUGGCGGUUCAGCGGAUCACACAACACUUAUUGCCGGGAAAGGUUCUGCUUGAUGUUGAGGUUUCCAUGCGCCCAGACAUGUUAAUCCGGGAUGCAAUGGAAGUAGCCAAACAAGCCGAGCAGGAAUUCUUGAGGACUCUCCCUAGCAACUUUCAGGUGAGCUUCCAGCUACGACUAAGGCAACACCCGAUCCUGCAAACUCAAGAAUGAUCUUGGAAAGAUCUUAGGACAGCGGAGAAAUCCAGUAGACCACAUCACCCAAGAGCCAUUUUCUCUUUUGGCACUUGAUACAAGACAACAAUUACGAGUACAUAUAUAUUCCCUGGAGAAGGGACAAACAUCUUAGCUAUGUUUUGAUCCCAAAAUAUCAAAUGGAUCAUUUCUGGGGAAGAAAAUCCUGAUGGAGGGAGCUCAGGGAAUAAUCAUAGAGCUGCUUCAGUUAUAGAUUCGUCAAGAAUGUUAACUGGUUUACUAAUCAAUUUUUGCUCCAAUAAUUGGAGAAAUUCUCUUACCGAAUUCCCGUUAUCAGAGGAAAGUAAUAUUCUCCAUGGCAAUUGUCUCAUCAAA